CAGCAAACUACGUACUAAAGCACAUUCAUCCCGCGCCAAAUUAGUGGUGACUAAGAUUUGCAAGCCACCGAGGUGGCAGGACGCCAUUUCUAGAAGUUCAUAAGCUGGCACCCCGUACAUCUAGGCCAUAGCAGCCCCGCGACCAUGAUCCUGUCGAUUCUCCUUGCGCUCCCAUAAAAUCAUGUCGACUGAUGGUGGUGGUAGUCCGCACGACCUGGUCGUGCAGACCUGGAUCAUGUACAGCAUCGCCAUUCUCCUGUUUGUGGUGAGACUGUUUGCCCGAUACAAGCGGUUGGGGUUCCGACUCCAGAUUGAAGAUUAUCUCAUGGUGAUCGCCGUGGGCUUCUAUACGGCAUUUGUAGUGACGAACAUUUCCAUCAUCGAUGGUGGAGGAAGCAACUUAUACGAGCCCGCCAGUCUCUACGACACAUUUACGGCCGCCGAAAUUGCCGCGAGGGUCAAGGGCUCCAAGAUUGAGUUUGCUUCUGAAAACUGUCAGCUCUGCACCAUUUACUCGCUCAAGGCUUGUAUGCUGCUGGUGCACUUCCGACUCACGACCAACCUGUGGCAACAUCGCCUGGUCAAAAUCAUUGCAGGGUACACCCUUGUCGGCUGGAUCACCACGGAGCUGGUGCUGUUCCUCAACUGUCGCCCCCUGUCCGGAUACUGGACACUCCCGCCACCCCAUAAAGAAUGCUCCACCUACUUUCGCUACGAGGUAGUGCAAUGCGUCUUCAAUCUCAGCUCCGACAUUGCCAUUCUGUGCGUGAUGUUGCCGAUGUUUAUCCGCGCAAAGAUGCCCUGGAAGACGAAAUUACCCGUGGUCAUUGUUUUUUCCAUGGGUAUUGUAGUGAUUGCUUGCGCCAUCAUCUCCAAAUACUUCACUUUUUACAACAUCUAUGACGACAGCUACCAAUUUUGGUACCUUCGCGAAGCGUCGAUCGGGAUGUACGUGACGAACUUGCCAUUUGUCUGGAGCCUGGCCAGAUCGACCCUUACUUUUUUGCGGACGAGUCAAUACACGAACAAUGGUCGGUACGACGAAGCGCAGUACGGAACCGACCAUGCCUCGAAGGCGCGAUGGAAAUCGGGGGCGAAUUCCCGAUCGACUCGGAACAUGACGGGCAUGUACGACACUCGGACAGGACGAGCGGACGGAUUGACGCGCACCGAGAGCGAAGAGAACAUUAUUGAAAUGGGUGGGGUGAGAGGACAAAUCACAAACAAGUCGACCGCGUCUGCCGACAGUGACAACACCGAUUGGGCUCAGUCGAAUGGGCCGGACGACUUUAUGAUCAGGAAGACGACCGAAAUUGUUAUCCAGAAGGACUGAUGCCAGUCUACACUACGCAGCGUUCAGCAACAGCAGACCCGACAGACCACGAUCUGAAGCCCGG